AGGUUCAGUCCAACUACAGCCGUCCGAGCUCACAGACGUCUCUCGACUUUUUGAAUAACAUGGGUAAAUUGGUAUUGUAUGGCCUGGAGCCGAGUCCACCGGUGCGUGCCUGCAAGAUGACCCUGCACGCACUCGGUCUGCAGUACGAGUACAAGCUGAUCAAUCUGCUGGCCGGUGAGCAUAAGAACAAGGAGUAUACCCUGAAGAAUCCGCAGCACACGGUGCCCAUGCUGGAGGACGAUGGCAAAUGCAUUUGGGAUUCGCAUGCCAUAAUGGCGUAUCUGGUGCGCAAAUAUGGCAAGGAUGAUGCACUGUAUCCCAAGGAUUUCUACAAGCGUGCCGUGGUCGAUCAGCGCCUGCACUUCGAGUCGGGCGUCAUAUUCCAGGGCUGUAUACGCAACAUAGCCCUGCCCCUGUUCUAUCGCAACGAGACGGAGGUGCCGCGCAGCAAGAUCGAUGCCAUCUACGAGGUGUACGACUUUCUGGAGGCCUUUCUGGCCAAACAACAAUAUUUGUGUGGCAGCACGCUGACCCUGGCCGACUACAGCUGCAUCUCCUCGGUGGCCAGCCUGCUGGGCCUGGCGCCCAUCGAGCAGACGCGUUAUCCACGGCUCAGCGGCUGGGUGUCGCGCAUGGAACAGCUGCCGGACUAUCAGUCUGUCAAUGGCAAUGGGGCGCAAAUGUUAGUUGAUAUGUUUAGCGCAAAGAUCACAAAGAUCGUUUGAGUGAGAGAUUUGCCACGAAUUUGCAUAUAAAAAACUUGAUUACAUAAUAAAAGCGCACAGAUACAGUA